CUUCUUCCUCUAUUAGCUGAUCAACGAUGGCAGUUUAGACAUGGAGCUGCUAUUGCAAUAGCUAGGACUUUAUCUACCUCAUAUCAUCGAAUACCUCUUCCUCUGGUCGAUGCAUGCGCUUUACAAUUGCUCCAUGUUUUAAUACUUGAUCAGUUCAAUGAUUUCGUUUCCGGUCGCAAUGCUACUGCUCCUGUCCGAGAAACAUGUGCGCAAGCGCUAGGUCACUUUCUCCAUAAAACGGACUUAGUACGGCAAAAUACGGUUCUUGUCCAUCUUCGAAAUCUUUUAUCUAUGCAGGGCGAGCGGAAUUGGCAUUGUCGACAAAGUGCUUUGCUUGUAUUUAAAUAUUUCUUUGCUGUUGCUUCAUCCUCAGAAGCUUUCAAUGAUUGCUUUAAAUUGGUGGUCACUAGCUUAAAUGAUCCCGUUGAUGAUGUCGUGUCAUGCGCGGUCACGACGUUAUCAUCAUUACUAUCCAACCCAUCAGUGGACGAGAAACGCUCGCAUCUCAUUCAGCACGUGAUGUCAAAUGUUUGGCAGUUGUUAGACUUAGAAUCGAAGAAGGAGCAGGUUUGA